AUGGGAUCAGGACGAGUGAACCAUUCAGAUCACUUUCGAACAGGGGUCGUGGCCAAUCACGUCUGGUCGCCACUCAUGUUAGCGAGAUCACAGAUGGUCGAUGCUCGCCCCAUCUGGGCUUUAUUAAGAUGGAUUGCUUCCUUCAUCCUAAGUUCUCCAAGUUUUACAGAAAUCAAGAUGAGUUUUACCGAUACGUUUUUCGACGACGACGGCGUUUUUUCGAUCCUCCCUCGCGUGAGGCUCUCCGGGGUUGAGGGCCCCCCACCCGAUCAUAUCGAGGUCGUCGAGCUCGAUCUUGUUGCUGCGGCGUCUCCCGCACCUUCGUUGUCUUCCGCUGAGGAAGAAGUGGAGGAACCGUCGGAGACCGUCGUAGGCUUUAUCGUUUCCCCCUUCUUUGUCUCACAUACUAGAAUACUAAUGCAUAUAGAAGCCUAUAGUGCCUACAAGGACGUCAACUAUGAAGUUGACAGGAAAGAGAAAGACGAAGACGACGACGACGACGACAACGACGACGAAGAAGAAGACGACGACGAUGAAGACGACGACGACGACGACGACGAUUAG